AGACUCCAUUAUACUUUGGUGUCUCUGACCGACACCCAUCUCCGGCCCUCCUCCGGUAAUCAAGAAACUUCCCGCUUUCCCUAAUGAAAGGCCCCGCCACAACGCGCCACCUCAUUCACCCUCCCCCAAGGUCCCCGCGACACGUGUCCUCUUCGUUACUCUACAGUGAAGCCCUACACGUGUCGCCACGUGUUGCCUCACAUCCCCCAACCAUGGUUAGGUUAACUCUCCUAACCCUCCCCCCUCUCUAUUUAUCACCGCGCCCAAACUUAGGUCAUGGUCUUCGUCUUGUGGAAGCACACACAUCCCUCUGGUUUUGCUUCUUCCUAAAUAAAACUUAAGAGCUCAAAACUAAGACUUUCUCACUGGUAACAAAAUGGGGCUGUCGAACUUUCCGGGGACAUCGGAGGGGGUGCUACCGGUGCUGGUAAUGAACACGGUGCUGUCGGUGGCGCUGCUCAAGAGCAUGGUGAGAUCCGUGUUCCAAGUAAUGAGUGGCGCCAAUGUGGCUGCGUCGACUCAGAACCUAGAGGAGGAUGGUCCAGAUGGGUGUAACACUAGAGAGAGACGAGUCUCGGUGGCGCGGUACAAGUCGAUGUGCCACAAGAGAAGCAAGAGAGGAGGAGGGAGCAGAUUGGCUAUGAUGGUGGAGUGUUGUGUGUGUCUGUGUGGUUUUGAAGAGGAGCAGGAGGUUAGUGAAUUGUCUUGCAAGCAUUUCUUCCACAAAGGUUGCUUGGAGAAGUGGUUUGAUAAUGACCAUACUACUUGCCCUCUCUGCCGCUCUGUUUGCUAAUACAGAUUAUGAACACCAAUAACAAGAACAACAACCUACAACAACAAGAAGGAUGUGUUCUUUGUUCUUUUUUACCGAAUUAAUAUGAGGUUUUUGGAGUGCUUAGUUCAUACUGUUGCUGUACCCUUUUUUUUGUUCUGUUGCUUUUUGAGCAGGAUUAAGAGACUUCGUUUUUUU